AGCCGUUAGGCUGUACAAGUUUCAAGCGUAGCUAAUGUCAAAUUUUUUUUUAAAGAUAGAGAGAACGCGAAAUUAAGUAGCUGCCGUACAAAAAAAAAUUUAUUUUUUAAAGCAUUAUUUUCAUAAUAAUAAUGGAUUCUUUUGAAUACGAUUGUUUAGAUGGCCUAAACAAAUUUUGUAGUAAUGCAGAAAAUGCGAUCGAAAAACAGAUUGAAAGAGCAUCAAAAUAUUGUGAAGUUGAAUUAUCUGAUGAUGAUUUAGAGGAAUCAACAGAAUCCAGUAAGAAAAUUGCAAGAGAAAAAAAAAAGACCAAAAGUGAUAAAAUUGAAAUAUCAGGCGGAGAUUUUGAAGAAUCAUCUGAAUGCAUUUUCAGUGGUGACAUUACAAAUGAAAAAAGAAUUCUUAGGUCUUCACUUCGCUCCCGAAAAUCUAAAAGAAACAAUUUAAUUGAAGUUGAUUUAACAAAAUGUGAUGAACCCCGUGGCAAGAACAAAAAAAAAGUUAAUAAUAACAUUAUCCAGAUAGAUAUUGAUGAUAGCUUAGAGUGUAUUUCCCCAGGUCGAGUUGAGAAAUGUUCUAGUUUUUUAUCAGACACGGAAAAAGAAAAUAUUAUAAUAAAUAUUCAAUGGAAAAAUGCAAUUGAAAAAAUGAAACAUAGAAAAUUUCAAAAGUUUUUUGAUCUAAUGAAUAUUUAUGCCAAACGUGAAAACUGUUCUGUAAAUGAUAUUCUUUUCAACAUUGAAAAUAAAAUAAUUAAUCCAGACGACACACCUUACAGCAUUGAUUACAAACUUUAUGAUAUCAUUACGGGCCGAGUUGUCCCAAAUUGCAAUAAUACGCCCAGCAAAAAGGACAAAAACGGAAUAGUUUUAAAGGUUCAAUCGAAUAAUUGGAAAAAAAUUGUUGAAAUUUCAAUUAAUAAAGAUGAAAAUUUUUCAAUACUAAGCGCCAAACUAGCUGAAGAAUUAAAAAUCAAUAUUAAAAAUUUUACAUUGAUAUUUGACGGAGAGCCAAUGGAUUUGAAAGAAACACCCACUGAUUUAGAUUUUGAAGGGGGAGAACUAAUAGACUGCAAAAUAAAAAAUGAUGAGUCUGAAAUUAAAGAAAACAAGAAUUUGAAAGGAAAAGAAGAAAAACAAAAAAAAGGAACCCGUCAAUCAAAACGUAAAGCCAAAUUGAGAUGAUAUAUUUUAGAAAAUUAAAUUAUUCUCACUUUUCAUUCAAAAUUCCUUCCCGUUUCACAAUUGUUACAAAAUAAAGAAAAUAAUUUUUGAUUUA